GUUCAAUUGUUACCUCUUGUCACACCGCACCAAUGUCAAAGCCAGCGGCCACAGCACAGCCUGCCGACACACCCUCGGCAAUCUGCGAGCAAAAGCUCAGUUCCGCUUAUGAGCUUUUCAACAGCAUCGAUCAGCUUGUUGAGAACGCCUACGACGCACAUGCCUCUGUCUACAAGGCCUUUGGAGACCUGGCCGGUGUCAAAUCGAUCCGCAAGGAUGGUUCCGUUAGCGAGGCGGCCACUACAGACAUCAAGGGCACUCUGGCAGCACUUCGCACUAUGCUGACAACGAUCUCGCAGCACGCCGACGCGCUCACACGUCUGGAGCGUAAGCCGCGGGAGCGCACACUGUCGCCAGAGCUCCAGAAGGUCCUGGACGAGUAUGCGCCGUACGUGCGGCUAAUGACCGAGGCACAGAAUGUCCGGGCGCUAAGCGACCGGAUUUCAUCUCCCGUGCGCGAGCUAGCGACAUCGGCGAUGCGGCUGCAGGAGGGCGAGUUUGGAGACGGUGUGACUGCCGAUCAGCUAAAGGAGCAGAUCGAGCAGCUGCAGGAGGCACACCCGGGACUGACGUUCAGGGUGACACCGGUUGUCGAUCGGAUGAGCUCGCUAGUGGUCAGCAUUCCGACAGUUGCACAGAUGACGCUAUCGAUGAAGCUGAUUGACGGGUCGGCGUGCGAGCUGCAGGUCAUUUCGAUCCAGGUGUGCGGAUGCGAUGAGCUGGGUCCAGGGUCCAAGUUCAAUGUGUUCUUGCGGAUCGCGCACGACGCCAAUAUCAUCUGGUUCUCGAUCGCUGCGUUCUCGAUCGAGCUCAGACUUGCCAGACUCGUGCUGUGGUUCAGCCUGUUCAAGGAUCUGUUCUCCGCUACCUGCUGUGUGUGCAGCCGCCAUCUGCAGAUGGACCCACGGACGUCACAGUACCUGCCGCCGAUCUGGCGCGGGGUCGACAUCAAGACCGAUGAGCCCAGCAAGGCGUAUCACUACGCAUGUGUCGAGAACUCGUAAACACUGCCAGAUCCAUGCACAGCGCUUGCCACCUGCGCCAUCGCAUGCGCCAGCAGCAGCUCUUGCCUUGCUUUAGUGCGGGUGUUGUAUGGUCAUUAGGCUGUAAUAGGAUGCUACACUCGUGUAAAAGUUUGUGGAAGUAAAAGUUUUAAGGCAGUCACAGCUGGACAUUGAGGGCCUCUGUGUUCAGGGCCACAACAAGCUUC